UAAUGGCGGCGGCAGCGCUUGCGCAUUGCGGUCUCCGUGCGGACCGCGCAGAGUGAAUAAUAAAGCUCUCCUCCUCGGUGGUAGCGGGCGGUGGAGGAGGGAGCGGAAGGCAAGAGCAUGUCGAAGGGCCCGGCAGCGACCGGGCCUCCCGUGACCGGGCCGGUGGCGCCCGCCAGCGCGCUCCAGGCGCAGCCCGAGAAGCCGCAGCACUACACGUACCUGAAGGAAUUCCGCACAGAACAGUGCCCCCUGUUUGUGCAACACAAGUGUACUCAGCACAGGCCCUACACAUGCUUCCACUGGCACUUUGUCAACCAACGUCGUCGCCGGUCUAUCCGCCGUCGGGAUGGCACCUUCAACUACAGUCCUGACAUUUACUGCACCAAAUAUGACGAGACCACAGGGAUCUGUCCAGAAGGAGAUGAGUGUCCAUUCCUGCAUAGAACUACUGGUGACACAGAGCGGAGAUAUCACCUGCGCUAUUACAAAACUGGAAUCUGCAUCCAUGAGACCGACUCAAAAGGAAACUGCACCAAGAAUGGCCUCCACUGUGCUUUUGCUCACGGUCCCCAUGACCUUCGCUCUCCAGUUUAUGAUAUUAGGGAGCUUCAGGCCAUGGAAGCUUUGCAAAAUGGUCAAACCACAUCAGAGGGUGGCAUAGAGGGUCAGUCUGCAGUUGCCGCUAGCCACGCUAUGAUAGAGAAAAUCCUCAGUGAAGAGCCACGAUGGCAAGACACGACAUAUGUUUUGGGAAACUACAAAACAGAACAGUGUAAAAAGCCCCCACGUCUUUGUCGUCAAGGUUACGCCUGCCCUUACUACCAUAAUAGCAAAGAUAGAAGAAGGAGCCCUAGGAAACACAAAUACAGGUCCUCUCCCUGCCCUAGUGUGAAACAUGGUGAUGAAUGGGGAGAUCCUAGUAAAUGUGACAAUGGAGAUACGUGCCAAUACUGUCACACUCGCACGGAGCAACAAUUUCAUCCAGAGAUCUACAAAUCAACAAAAUGUAAUGACAUGCAACAGUCUGGCAGCUGUCCCAGAGGUCCCUUCUGUGCCUUUGCACAUGUAGAACAACCACCGCUUAGUGAAGAAUUACAGUCAACCUCAGCUGUUUCCAGCCCAACGCAAACAGGCCCUGUAAUGUACAUGCCCUCAGCAGCAGGAGAUUCUGUUCCAGUCAGCCCUUCCAGCCCCCAAGCCCCAGACCUCAGCAAUGUAUGGAAUAAGCCAGGAACUCUGCCAACUAGUCCCACCUCCACUACAAUUCUCUGUAGAAAUAGCAGUCUUGGAAGCCCAUCUAAUAUAUGUGGGUCCCCUCCUGGUGCCAUUGGAAAACCCCAUAGCUUGGAAAGCAUUGGCUUUCCCACAGAUUCAGUAACUGCAGCCAGCAGCUACAAGAAAGCACCUGGGUUUGAACGGGAAGACCUGAUUGGAGCAGAGUACCUAAAGAGUUUCAAAUGCCAGCAGGCAAAGAUGAAGCCCCAUCCCAUGGAGCACAGAUCCCAAGAGCAGCCUCUAUUACAGCCCAAACAAGACAUAUUGGGAAUUCUUCCUGUUGGCAGCCCAUUGACAUCUAGCAUCUCCUCUAGUAUCACUUCUAGUUUGGCAGCAACACCCCCGAGCCCAGCCGGCACCAGCAGUGUCCCUGGCAUGAAUGCCAAUGCCCUUCCAUUCUACCCAACCAGUGACACGGUGGAGUCUGUGAUAGAGUCUGCCUUGGAUGACCUGGACCUGAACGAAUUCGGAGUGGCUGCCCUGGAGAAGACAUUUGACAGCAGCUCGGUGCCCCACACGAGUGGCAUCAUGAUAGGUGGGAGUUUGCUGCAAAGUUCUGCUCCUGUAAAUAUCCCUGGGUCCCUUGGAAGUUCUGCCUCCUUUCACUCUGCCUCUCCUUCUCCACCGGUCAGCUUAUCAUCGCAUUUCCUCCAUCAGCCCCAGGGACACUUAAGCCAAUCAGAAAACACAUUCCUGGGGACAUCAGCCUCUCAUGGAUCAUUAGGUUUAAAUGGGAUGAACAGCAGUAUAUGGGAGCACUUUGCUUCUGGAAGUUUUUCGCCUAGUACGUCGCCUGCAUUCCUGUCAGGUCCAGGUGCUGCUGAGCUGGCCAGGCUACGUCAGGAAUUAGAUGAAGCUAACAGUACGAUAAAACAGUGGGAAGAAUCUUGGAAACAAGCCAAACAGGCCUGUGAUGCUUGGAAAAAAGAAGCAGAGGAGGCCAGCGAUCGCGCCAACACAGCCACCAUGGAAUGUGAGCUAGCCCGGGAGCAGAGGGAGGCUUUGGAACUGCAAGUGAAAAAGCUCCAGGAGGAGAUGGAGAGAAUCCACACUAGCCCGGACCCCCAAUUCCUGCGUGCUCUUUCUGACUUAGAGACCCUGUCCCUUUCCACACUCUAUACUCUCCAAAAACAGCUGCGUGCCAACUUGGAAAGAGUCGAUAAGGCAGUGUUUCAGAUGCAGUCGGUGAAAUGCCUCAAGUGCCAGGAAGAGAACCGGGUGGUACUGCCGUGCCAACACACUGUGCUGUGUGAAACGUGUGCCGAGGAGGGCGAGUGCCCCAUCUGCCAUCCCAACAGGCCACACGCUUUGCAGUCGUGACCUUCUAGGACACUUGGUUUAGCAUAUCACAUAGAACUUUUUAACUUUAUAUAUAUAUAUAUAUAUAUAUAUAUAAUAUGAAUAUAUAUAUGAACAUAUAUAUAUAUAUACAUAAAAACAAAAAUUAGUUGCAGAGCACUUUUUAAUACUUUGCAUCUCCCAUUUAAAGGUGUGUCCCGUCCCCCCCCCCCUCACUCAACUCCCACUAACUUCUUAGGGACUUUUAGAAUUGUUUUUAAUACCGAUCGAAGGACCAUUUGCAGAGAGUCUGUUUUUCCCCCUUCUCUUUCUAUUUCGGAUAUAACUUUUUUUUUUAGUCUUUUCUGGAUAGAGAUUUAAAGGAGGGGGAAGUGGGGCUUCCAGGUGCUUUCAGAGUGAAGACUGGACUUCUGAGGAGAAGAAGGAUGGAAAUCCAAUUUCUGAUCAGAUUGUCAUCCCCCUCCUCUCAGGUCUUGCUUCAUCACCAUCUAGUAUUUAUAAAACACUUGCUAUACAUGCGCCCCACCUUGUUAGUUGCAGUCCCUGCCUGUCCAGAACUUCACUCAUUUGGAACUCUUGUUGGCUUUCAGGAAGUGCAAGGAACUUUGCUUGUCUGUUUUAAAGAACAAAGUUCACAUUUUAAAAGUCUUUUUUACAUAUUUCGAGGUUUCUACCACAAUAAUGGAAGGGGUUUAGGGAAGGAAGAUGAAACUGAACACAAGUCAACAGGGUCAGCCAAUGGUCAGGAUAUACUUUUUGCAAAAAUAUGAUUCCUUUGCGAAGCUUUAGUUUUUCAGGGACUUCACUAGCAUCACCAGAUGGAACUUUGUAAGCACAUUCAGAUGUGGUAUUCCAACACGCAGUAGAGAUGUGCUUCAGAGUUCAUGCACAUGGAAUCAAUUCUAGGCGGUAGGUAGAAGCAGAGAUGAUGAAGGCCACUUUGGAACGCCCUGUUUCUUGUCACAUUGUUUGGUAAAGGUGAAGGAUUUCAUAGGCUCUACAUAAAUGGUAGCAGGCAGGGCCUACCCAACUGUUUUAGUUUGCUUAAUACAGGCCUGCAUAACAUGACCCACCAAACUGUAUGCAGCCUACCAGGCACAUAUGGUGUUCCACUAGGGACUGAAUAAAUCUCCUGUCUUUCUUGCCUGCAGAAACAGGCUGUUGACCAAACAUCUGACCAGCCACCAUACAUGACAAGUGUUGGUCUCAUAUUAUGCAGGCCAGACCUUAUACUUAGCCCUUGUAUAGGGAAAGAAGCAAAUCUAUAUAUGGAGUACUUCCUGUAUCCUGCUGUUCCCUGCCCAUGAAUGGGUACUCCUGUCAGUGGAGUAGCAAGCAGCAGUAUCUGUUCAAGCCCUAUAGUCCAGGAAACCCUUUUGUUUGGCUGCUAGGAAAAGAUAAUCCAGAUUCUUGCAGUUCAAGUCCGUCUGUCUGCACUGUGCAGCACUUUGUAAUUACUAGUGCAGUACCAACAAGAGUAUUGAGGUUGGGGUGUAGGAUGUAAUAGAAGAGAGGGGGCCCUUCGGCAUGGUAAAUGCCACACAUUUCCAUCUAGCUACCAAAAAUGUUAAUUAGUCUUGGGGCUGUUCCUCUUUCAGUUUCAGCUUCUGUUUGGUUAGACAAUAAUACCAUUUGAUAAUGUUUACAUAGCAUAGCUGUGCAGUUUUGGAGGUUUGUGCGGAUUUGAAACUUGGAUUCCCUGAGCUUGUAAGUUCUGCAUAGAGACUUUAGAAAGAUCCUGCAGAAUAAAUAUAUUUUAAGCUUACAACCACAGGGCAAAGAGGUUUUUGGAGGCAUUUAGGGACUCUUGUAUUUGGGUAUGUCCAGGGGCAAGAGACAGAUUCCCAAAAUGCAAACCUUGGUGCAGGGAAAGAUAGAAGAAGGGGUGGGAAGGCAAAGAGGGAAGUAGGGGUGAUACCUUGCAUAGAAUCCAAGAAUAUCCUCUGCAUAAAGAUUUGUAGCCACAUAGAUUUCAGGAGAGAAUGAUUCUUCUGAAAGGUUUAUCAUGAAUUCCGCAAAGCUAUACUUGAAGCGCUGUAGAUAGGCAAGAAGGUGCUCAGAGUCCGGUGCUUCAUUUCCUUCGAAGCAUUCCUUGUGACCAGGAAGAUCUUUUUGUUUCCUUGAGAUUUCCCUAACCUGCUGCCAUCUUAACUCUUCUCCAGUUUAGCUUUCCACAAAGCCUGGCUGCCUCCUUUGCCACAGCAUCUGAUUGAUUGUGCAGCAAAUAGUCCUGAUCUGGACAUCGCAAUAUUGGGUUGUAUUGCACUGGACAUUCUUUAGGGAUCAGUUGUGUUUGUUUCAUGCACCUGACCUCUGUAGUCCACAUACCUAUGACUAUUGACCGUAUACAUCUGUAUGGGAUACACUGUUGUCUGCCCAGUUGAAGGAGUUUCAGUGCAAGGUUGUCACAUGAUACAUUGGAAAGCACUGCUGGUGGUGUAGCUUUAGCAUUAAAAGCACCAGACGGAAAGUGUUAGAAACUCCCAUGCAGACAUAUCCUUACUGUUGCUCUUCCAUUUCUCAGAAAUUAUCUUCUUGUGCCCUUAAGGUUUGCAUCACAGUUGACUCUCCUGUGACAUGUUAAUAUGGCUGUGAAUUCCUUUGAUCAGCUGGGAGACACCUUUCAUACAGAUGAUGUAUAUCCCAAGAUUAUAUAUGUAGUUUUUUUCUGAGUUCCUUUUAAUAUUGGACAUGCACUUAAUAUUAAAAGGAGUUCUUUUUAAUAUUGGACAUGCACUUCCGCAGAACUGUUUACACUAGACAUAAUUGGAUAAUCAUUUGUCUUGGGUGACAAAUGAUAAAGGCUAUUACUUCUGUUUUCACCUCUUAUUGGGCACAAUGUGGUGCGCACUUCAUAGGUAUGUCUUUUAACUCUAACAGAUUGUCAGUAAUCUGUUUGGGUUUCAAGCAGCAGAUAGUAUAAUUUAUAAUGUUUCUGGGCCUCAUGGGCCAAUGUGAAGUUAGAUUCCCCGACUCUGAGCAAAGCUGACUUCAGAGCUCAGAUUAAGAAAAGAAACGCAGACUGAAAACUUCCCUUGCAAAUCAAUUUGCACUCUUGCCAGAGUACAUUACAGGGAACACGAGUUCACUGAUUUCUGUGUUAAACUUUCAUCAUGUGUUAUGCUUCUAAACAUAGUUAUUAGACCUAAAUCCAAUUUGGCUUUCAACAAAAUUUGUUGUUUGAAUUGCUUUGUUUUAAGCUUGUAUCCAGUAAAUGUGUUGUCCUACAGUCCCUGUGUGGUAGAAUCCCCCAGUGCAAUUUGUUUUGACUUGUUCAAACAUUACAACAGCCUCUAGAAAUAGAUUUUGAAAAGCAACAAUCCAAGUCCAAAUGGACUUUAAUCUGCCAUUUUGCACCAGGUGUUUAAUCAACAUGUAAAAGUGCACGAUUUAGAUAUAUAAAUUUCACUCUCUCGAUCACCAGUCUCUGCUUAGUUAGUGAUAGUUGUCCCACCGUUCCCCAACCUGGAAAAGCACUGGAAACUCUAGCAACUUGUUUUUCAUAAGAGUAAUCCAGCUAUUCACUAUCACGUUUUUCCUCCAAAGUGUUUUCAUAUUUACUGCAAGACAUUGAUAAAUUUGCUUCCACAAUUCCACCCUCCUAUAUGUGGGAGGGGUUAAUAUGCAUUCCCAGAUAAUCUCAAAGUGCAGCUCUGUUUAGUGUUUUUUUAACUUUUAUGUUUGGUAAAACUGCUUUAUUUCAAUGUGUAUAUUGUACUAGUAUCUUGUUUUUUUGUUUUUGGAAAUUCUUUUUUUGUAAAAACACAUAAUUGGCUUUUUUUUCCUUGUACGGAGAGACACUGCUGGCUGACUCUUGUGGUCGUGUUGUUUGGUUGUAGCCUUUGAAUGUCUGUGCCAUGGGGCAGAUCCUGGUCUCCAGGACCAGGAAAUAUGCCCCAGUCUUAAAGAAAGCUCGUUAGUUUAAAAUAUGUGAACUUUUUAAAAACACACACACAUUUAAAUUAUGGGGGAGUAAUACUCUGCUUGAAAUCAAAUGUUGUACUAAACUAUUUUGGUAACUAAUUUAAAGAUCAUAGGAAAUAAACUCUUUAAAUCGGUUCUACAGUGUUCAUAUAGAAUUGCAGGCCAUGUCCAGACUCUUUAGUGGAAACUGGUUUGUAACACUUAAUUUUGUAAACGCUGUGUUUUAUUGCUUCCUCUGCCUUUCUGUGUGAUUGUCCAUUGUGAGACGAUUAUUUUGUGGGAUGAUUUUGUUUUGUCCUGAAUUGCCAGUGUUGUGUAAUUCCAAGAUAAUCCUACUGAGGGCUUAAAAUGCUUCUCCAAGGAUCGCUUAGAAGUAGCUUCUUUGUCUUGUUAAGACCCAGCAACUCUAAUAGAAAUCUUGCUGGCCGUCAGACCUCCCCCCCCCCCCCCCGCAACACACACACACGGCAAAUUGCUUUGUUGGUGGAAUGUGAGAUAUUCUGCCGGAAGCAAAAGCCUGUUUACAUGCGGUGCCACAACCCAACCUGUCUGUUUUAUUGCAAAGGACCAAAGAAUCCAAACUGGGAUCAAUUUCCCCCAAGCCCAUAAAUCUGACCCAUCAAGUAAUGUUUCCCCCCUGCCUUAUCUCAGUCACUAUAAUAUGCAGGCAAAAGGGUGUCACCGCAGGGUGGUUUAUCCAUACCUGGGAAUUGGGCUGUAGCAUCCCACUCCAUCCCACUCAAGUGAUUCAAGAAGCACUUUUUUAAAAAAUUCCUAGAUUUCUAUGAAUUUUAAUAUUGAAAUGAAAUACCUAUUAAUGCUUUGUUAGGUCCCCAAGUCUAAAAGCAAAGCUGAUCUCUCCAUUUGUUUUGUAGGGAAUCACCUUGGGGUCAACCUUCUGUAUAGGAAAUUUUGUUUAGCGGGAUGGGGUGAGGUGAACCAUGAAUGAGAGGAGAUUAUAUAUAUUUUUUUUACAAAAAAGAAUUCUUGACUGUGCUCAGCAGGUGCUGAUUUGUUACAAUACCUGCUCAGUAUUGCUUUUUAGAUCAACAGGAUUCUGUGACUGGCUUUUGCCUGGUGCUAGAGCAAAUCAUCCCCAAAGGACAGCCUAGUGAUUUGUUUUUUGGAUCAUGAAAGGCUGCACAGUAUUGAACAGAACGCCCCUCUUCUCCCAUCACUUCCUUCCAUGCAGAGAGGCCUAAAUGGAUGUUUUCUUUCCAGAAGAUUUUAGGCAUGGGAGAGUCUGUUACUAUGAUAGGGUCCCCCCCCCCUUCGCCCCUGGGCUCCUUACUGUUGUGUUUGCAUAAACUACAGGAUUUUAAAAACUCAGUAAACCUUGAUUUUGAUUACAGGGGUGGGGGGACUACCAGUUACCUGAAGAAUGACUGGGGAAGCCUGCUUUGAUAAUUACCAGUCCAUCCUGCUUCCUCUCAGAAAUGGUUUUGUGGGGCUGAAGGAUUUCCACACAUUUGGGCAGACACAGGUAUGUGUGUGUGGCACUAGAACACGUUCCUCUCCUGCAGUGCUUCAGUCCUGCACAAAGCGCAACAGAAAGAUAGGUGGCACUUAACCCAUUUUUAUUGUGGGGAAUUGCCUGUUUGCAGCACAGGAGUCCCCCCCCCCACCACCACCAGAAUCUCCACAUCUAUUACCUAAUGCAAGAAAUAAUGUUCUUUUUAACUUUCUAUAUGACUCUAAGCUUAAUCUGAGCCACUGCAAGGGCUGGCACAGCUCAGACAAAUGAAGAGAAUUUCCUUUCUUUGUGAGGACUGAAUAAUUGAUACUGUUCACUUAGAAUUUUUCCUACUGUUUCCUGCUCCAAAAAGGAAAGUAUUUAUUGCCAGUGUGGAGGUUUGUUUGUUUUUGUUGGAACUUCCCCUCUGGGAUUUUUAUCAGUCUUUGGAACAAUGAAACCAGAAAAUAGAUGUUGCUGGUGAAAAGUAUUACAAGUUAAGUAUUCCUGCAAACUGGUGACUGUGGAUCAAAGAUCUCUAUGGGGCUUCCCCAUUCUGUAGCUUCCAAUGUUUAAAACAAAAAGUAAAUACAAUAUAAAUUCUUAAAACUACACACUACAGUAUUUAUUAUGGUGGCAAUUCUUGACCAGUCUCUCUCCUUGGGUUUUCUUAGGUGGGGGUGGCUGGGAAAGAGGGCCACUCACAUCUACGUAGAAGUCAGCCAAAAGGUAAAUAGGUGGUGUGUACAAUGUGGUGUUUGAUUCCAUUAUUAUAGACUGUAAUGCGGAACUGUGAUUUCAGCUGUUGUUCUUUCUCGUAUUCUGUAUAUAUGUGUGUUUGGCUGUCCAGAAAUCUGGUUUUAGACACUCUUUCUUGGCAAAGUGGAUUUGCAUGUGGAGCUAAAAAAAAAAUGCAAUCUUGUGUCACAAUUUCCAAGGGCAGGAUGGAUUUUC